GUCGGGAUACAGAGACGGCUUGAGCGCCAUAUUGGAGUGUAACUAACUAGCUAUUGUUAUAAAUAGGGUCGGGGCUGCUGCUGGCUGAGUUUACAUGUUUUCUACAAGUUUGUUCUAAGGAAAAGAGAAAGUUAUCCGUUGGUCAUGAAAGAAAUGUCAGCGAACAGUAACAGUAUGCAUGGCGGGCAGCAGCCUCAGAAACACUAUGGCAUUACCUCAUCCAUUAGCAUGGCCUUCCCCAGGGAGGUGGACCAUCAGUACACACACAAGCUCAGCGAGGCCAUGAAACCCUUUGGGGUGUUUGAGGAUGAGGACGAACUCAACCACAGACUCGCAGUUCUUGGGAAGUUGAAUACAUUUGUCAAGGAAUGGAUUGCCGAGAUCAGUGAAACGAAGAACCUCCCACCAUCAGCGAUAACCAAUGUGGGGGGAAAGAUCUUCACCUUUGGGUCUUACCGGCUUGGAGUUCACACUAAAGGGGCGGAUAUUGAUGCCUUGUGUGUAUCGCCACGACACGUGGAGAGGACAGACUUCUUCGACUCAUUCUUUGCAAAGCUCAAACUGCACGAAGAGAUCAAAGACCUACGGGCGGUGGAGGAUGCCUUUGUACCUGUGAUCAAAUUCAAGUUUGACGGCAUCGAGAUUGACCUGCUGUUUGCGCGGCUGGCUCUGCAGUCCAUCCCAGAUAACCUGGAUCUGAGAGGAGACUCCCACCUGAGGAACCUGGACAUCCGCUGUAUCCGCAGCCUCAAUGGCUGCAGAGUGACAGAUGAGAUCCUGUACUUGGUACCAAACAAGGAGAACUUCAGACUAACCCUGAGGGCUAUCAAGCUGUGGGCCAAACGCCGUGGGAUCUACUCCAACAUGUUGGGCUUCCUGGGUGGUGUCUCCUGGGCCAUGCUGGUAGCCAGGACCUGCCAGCUCUACCCCAACGCUGUGGCCGCCACUCUCGUACACAAGUUCUUCCUCGUCUUCUCCAAAUGGGAAUGGCCAAAUCCUGUGCUUUUGAAACAGCCUGAAGACAGCAAUCUGAAUCUCCCUGUUUGGGAUCCACGAGUGAAUCCGUCAGACCGGUACCACCUGAUGCCCAUCAUCACGCCAGCCUACCCCCAGCAGAACUCUACCUACAACGUCUCCUCUUCCACACGCACCAUCAUGAACGAGGAGUUCAAAUACGGUCUCAGUGUUACAGAUGACAUCCUUCAGGGGAAAACCGACUGGUCCAAACUGUUCCAGCCACCCAACUUUUUCCUCAAGUACAAGCAUUAUAUUGUUCUGACUGCCAGUGCAUCCACAGAAGAAAACCAAUUAGAAUGGAUUGGUCUGGUGGAGUCUAAGAUCCGUGUCCUGGUGGGGAACCUGGAGAGGAAUGAGUACAUCACCCUGGCACACGUCAACCCCACAUCCUUCCCCGGGAACAAGGAGAGCUGUAGCGAGAACGAGUUUGUCUCCAUGUGGUUCAUUGGAAUCAUCUUCAAGAAAGUGGAGAACGCAGAGAGCGUCAACAUCGACCUGACCUACGACAUCCAGUCCUUCACAGAUACAGUUUACAGGCAGGCCAACAACAUCAACAUGCUGAAGGAUGGGAUGAAGAUCGAAGCGACGCACGUGAAGAAGAAGCAGCUCCACCAGUACCUUCCUGUUGAGCUGGUGCAGAGGAAGAAGAGGAGCAUAGUGGAGCUGAACCGUAACUCCAACGGCGGGAGUUCCAAGCGGUCCUCUCUCGACGGCAGUCAGCUGGACAGUUCCAGAGACACUGACUCCGGGACUCCCUUCAGCUCUCCCACCUCCGCCUGCAAGCCGUCCAGGCCGGCCGCCUCAGACACAGACGACAGUUUGACACCCCCCAAGCUGCCAGCCUCUCUGUUUGUGGAGAACAGCUCCUCGGUGCCAGACGUCUCUCCACCCAGGGCCGAUCAGGAGAAGGGGUCGUCCAUCCCCGUCAUUGGAUCAAAGUCCAAGCCCUCUGCCCCAACUGGCCCAGUCGGUAGCACCAUUCCUACAGUAGUGGGUAGGAGCGUGGUCUCUCACCCUGGCAGUACCAACACUACAGAGCAGAACCAGAACGGAUCCAAGAGACUCCACUCCCCUACGCUGGAGGAUCAGUCCAAGAGGCUGAAAGACAGCGCAGAGCCGCUGGCUGAUGUCUUGACCUUCAAGGAGCCGUUCCCUCCAUCUGGCGACGGCAGGGAGCAAGGGGACGGAGUCCAAGUGGUGAGUCCUCCAGCAGGCAGCACCAUUCCUACAGUAGUAGGCAGGAGCGUUGUACCCUGCCUGGGCUCCUCUAGAGAUACAUCCAGCCCGACAGAGCAGAACCAGAACGGAGCCACCGCUGCAGCCAAGAGACCUCACUCCCCCACACAGGACGGACCCCCCAAGAGGAUACGAGACCCUGCAGAUCUGCUGGUGUCCGGUGAUGACUCUGCAUUCAAGGAGCCGUUCCCUUUAUCUAGCGACGGCCAGGAGCAAGGGGACGGAGUGAACGUCGAAAGUCUUGGAGGGGUAAAGGCUAUGCCUAUUCCAACUAUCGACACAUCAAGAACACAGAGACUUCCCAGUAUGGAGCUGCCAGACGUGACUUCUCCCCUCCCCAGCAGUAACCACCAGCGGGUGGUUAAGAACUCAAUCAGACUAGCCCUCAACAGGCACAGGUAACGCCCCCAAACCCCUUCCUUCACGAGGCCAGGACCUACAACACGGACUAGCUCCAGACCUGAGAGAUCCAAAAUCAAGACGACUGUGGUGAAACCUAGUGAGGAAGCCGAUUUUUAACUCUCCCGCUCACCCCACCCUGUCACUGGACGAUGUGCAACGACAGUCCCUUGUUCCCCCCAAAAAAUGUCAUCUCUGUUUCUAUGGUCCCCUUCCCAGUUGAGCCUGAAGCAGAAAUUAAAAUGCUGAUUUAAGAUUG